UAACCAAGUAACCAGCUGUAGUAACCAGUAAGUAAUAUGAGUAAAAACAACAGUGAGGCUGGUGUUGAAGAGACGCUGAGAUCUGUGCUAAUCAUCACGUGUUCCUCUUGUUCAGUAAUCGGAGCUUGUGUAAUCAUUGCCUCAUUCCUCUUGGUGAGAAGUGUACGCACGGCUUCAAGAUGUAUUGUCGUCAUCAUGGCUAUAGCUGAUAUUAUGGUAGCCCUUCCUGCUCUCAUGAGUGAGAUAAUUUUUGUGACAAACAAUAAAUCACUAGAAACAGUGGAACUUUGCAAAAUACAGUCUUUCUUCACAACGGUGGGAGCACAAGUGUCGAUGAUUUGGACUGCAGGACUAGCGCAACACAUGUUUAUACUUGUAGCAUGCAGGAAGGAGGCUGUGAGAGGCGGGUUCAUCAUUCUAUCUAUGAUGACUGCCGGAGUUAUUGCUGAGAAUGUGUACCUUUACUGUGUAAACAUCCUGGGUGGCUCUCAAAUUGUCGGCAUAAAGUGGUGCUGGAUAAACAUUACAAAUGAUCCUGUCUGCCACUGUAAAACUAACUGUAACUGGAUGCUUUGGGAUGGAAAAGUUCUUGAAAUGGCGAUGUACCUGGCAGUAUUCGUUUACUACUUUCUCCUCUACACCAAAGUAAAACACUUAAAAAACCGCAACGACCUCGCUUCCUCCUCUCUGGUAACCGCAAUCGCCAAAACAGGUAAGAUAGUAGCCAUACCGUUUGUGUUUAUCCUGGUCCGGCUCUGGGGCACUCUCGUCACUCUCUGGCUGAUAAAAACAGGCUGCCAGCGACCCACCUCCACCCUGUUCGACACCCUCCUCAUCCUGAUGUCGUUCUUUGACAUGUCCCAAGGCUGGGUUAACUUCAUCCUCUACUUCCUCACAACGGGACACGAGAUAAACCUGACGAACAGGUUGAAGUUAGUGGUAAGGAGCUUACCGUACAUGGCUAAAACACGCCGGACCCACUGCUCGGAGAACUCUUACAUGACCUUUAACGAGAGUGGGGGGAGGAGGAGCAGUCUGACGGUGGGUAAUACUGUUAGUUCUAGCAGGGGCGGGGGGAGCAGGACCUAUAGUUCUAGUCCUCAGAUAGGACAUUGUCUGCAGAGACCGGCUAGUUCCCCUGAUACAGUGGGGAUAGAUCUGUGAAGUAAAUAGUAACCUGGUAACCAGCUAGUAACCU